GUUGCCUAUAUCAAGCAUGCGCUCGUCCUGUCAUUGUGCUAAAAAGUUUUUUACUUGUUGGCGCAUGGAAGCCUUCUUGUAGAGAGAGAAUCUCGUCGGACCGGCUACUCUAGGCAGCAGAUCUGUUUGUCAGGUUACCUACCUGGCAAGUAGUCUGCUAGACCGCUUCUGUCUAUAAGGACUUGGAUUUCGCAAGUAUGGAAUCGUCAAGUGUGCUUGAGCCCUCAGUUGAGCCAACUGGGAGCCCUGCUCCCAGCUAUGCCGAGGCAUUUCCACCAUUGGACACUGGUGCUACUGGUACUGCUGCACCAGGAAAAGCAUGGGUUCCUGGCAAAACCUUGCGACCUUCGACCGUCACUCAGGUAUUCACCAUUCCCCAAGUUGAACAACGUUACCGUGACUUUGACCUUGGCGAGCACUCUGAGCUCAUGAGGCGUGUCCGUUCUCUGAUGGCUAGGACUGGUGCUGAAGUUGAACUGAGCAAGAGCAAGGACCAAAGCCUCCAUGUUGUUGUCUCAGGAAAGCGCGAUCUCGUAUUGGAAACCCGUCGCCAGCUUCUUGCUGCCCUUCAAACCCAGGCUAAUCUCGACAUGAAAAUCCCACGUGACCACCACAAGUACAUCCUCGGCAAGGGUGGCCAGAAAUUGAAGGAUCUCGAGAAAAACACCGCCACUCGCAUUCUGAUUCCACGCACCGAAGACACGUCUGAUGUUAUCAAGAUCACCGGCACAAAGGAGAACAUUGACAAGGCCAGGCACUACAUUCAGUCGAUUUCAGAUGAGCAGGCUAAACUUGGAUUCGAGCGCUUGAACAUCCCAAAAAAUUUCCAUCCAUUCAUCACCGCUAAAUCUCAGGAAUUGCGUGAAAAGUACAGCGUGCGCAUCAACAUACCACCACCUUCAGUGCAGAGCGAUGACAUCACCAUUGCAGGCGAUCGUGAUGGAGUCACUCAUGUUACUGACGAGAUCAACCAAAUCUACGAAACCAAGAAACGAACAACGACGACCAUAUCUAUUCAAGUUGGGAAAUCCCAACACAAGUACAUCAUUGGCCCCAAAGGUCACACUCUGCAAGAAAUUCUCAAGGAGACUGGCGUAUCUGUGGAGAUGCCCCCACAGGACAGCACCACGGAGACAGUCACGCUGCGCGGCGAGCGAGACCACAUCGGCAAGGCUUUGGUUGUUGUAUACGAAAAGGCAAGCAGUGUACUGGUAACUGAGGUCAAGGCCCCUGCCUGGCUGCACCGUUUCAUCAUUGGACGGCAGGGUCAGAACAUCAGCAAGAUCACACAAGAUCUACCCAAGGUGCACGUUGAGUUCAACGCCGAAAAGGAACUCAUCAUUGUUGAGGGCCCGCCAAAUGAGGUCGAGAAGGCACGCGACCAACUACAAGCCUUCACCGAACAGCUGAUUCGGACAAUGGAUCAUGACAGUGUCAAGAUCCCGCAGAAGUUCCACCGUCACAUCAUUGGCAAAAGCGGCGCUACCAUCAGCAAGCUCAAGACGCAAACCGGAACGCUUAUCACUAUUCCGUCGGAUGAUGCCAAUAGCGAUGUCAUUCGCAUCGAAGGUAGCCCGGAGGGUGUUGCCAAGGCCAAGGAGGCACUCCUGGAUCUUUCUAACCGCAUGGAAAAUGAGAAGAGCGAGUCGGUACGUGUUGAGCAGCGCUUCCACUCCCUCAUCAUCGGCAGUGGUGGUGAGAAAAUCAAGCAGCUACGGGAUACUUGCAAUGGUGUCCAGGUUGUAUUCCCCGAACAAGGUCGUAAAUCUGACUUUGUUGAGGUCCGUGGACCGAAGGCUGAUGUAGCUCGUGCAGUUCAGAUGCUGAAGAAGAGCAAUGAGGAUCUCAUUGCCGAGAACUAUACCAUCACAGUUCCCGUUUUCAAGAAGUUCCACAAGAACGUCAUUGGCCGCGGUGGUGCCAUGAUCCGCAAGAUCCGUGAUGAGACUGGUUGUCGCAUCGAACUUCCCAAGAACGAUGCCGACAGUGAUGUAAUCACUGUCAUUGGUCGCAAGGAUGCUGUUGAUAAGGCCAAGAAGGCCAUUUUGGCUAUCCAAGACGAGCAGGGCAGCAUGGUGACCGUGGAGCUCGACAUCCCGCAAAAAUACCACAUUGCAAUUAUUGGACGCAAGGGCAAGCUUUUGGCUCAGAUUCAGGAAGAGUGUGGCGGUGUUUCAAUCAAGUUCCCUGCGGCUAAGGCCCAGAGCAGCAAGGUUGUAAUUCGUGGUCCAGCUGAUGAGGUUGAGCGAGCUAAGGGCCAGAUUAAUGAGCUGGCAAAUGAGCGUGCUCUGAACAGUCACACCGAGGAAGUGCGUGCCAAGCGGGAGUACCAUCGCUUCUUGAUUGGUCGUGGUGGUGUCACCAUGAAGCAGAUCCGCGAAACAACUGGCGCCCGUGUGCUUUUCCCAACGGAACAAGACGAGGACCCCGAGCUGAUCAGCAUUGUUGGCCGACAGGAGGGUUGUGUAGAAGCAAAGGCGAUCCUCAUGGAGAAGAUCAAGAGCUUGGAGAACACUGUCGAAGAGACCAUGAAUGUUCCCGUCAAGUACCACAGGCACUUCGUACAACAGCGUGGCCAGGUACUGCGCAGCUUAGCCGAGGAGUUUGGCGGUGUUCAGAUCAGCUUCCCACGCAGCGGUAGUGACUCCGAGAAGGUUGUCCUGAAGGGCGCCAAGGAAUGUGUUUCCAGCGCUAAGCAACGCGUUUUGGAGGUCAUGGCCGAUAUUGAUUCGCAGGUCACCGUUGAAUGCGAGAUCCCAGCUGAGCACCACCGUUCUGUCAUGGGACAGCGCGGCAGUAACGUUCAGAACAUCACCAAGGACUUUGAUGUACAGAUCAAGUUCCCUGAGCGCGUCAGUGCUGAUGCUGACCCCGAUGCAGUGAAGUCCAACAUCGUGAAAGUCACUGGCAAGAAGGAUAAUGUUGACCGGGCUUGUGAUGCUCUGAAGCAACUGGUUCCUGUGACCGAAGAGGUCAAUGUUCCCUUUGAGUAUCAUCGAUUCAUCAUUGGCAAGAAGGGUGCUGGUGUUCGCCAGCUAAUGGAACAGCACAAUGUCAACAUCACAAUUCCUCGCCUGGAGGAAUCCGUGGACCAUGUCCUGGUCAAGGGUCCAGUUGACUCAGUUGCACGUUGCCGCAUUGCGCUGGAGGAGCAGGUUACUCGCCUGGACAGCGAGAAGGAAGACAGGGAUCGCAAGGCCUUCAAGAUGGAAAUCCAUAUCGACCCCAAAUACCAUUCGAAACUGAUUGGCCGCCGUGGAACUCAGAUCAGUGGGUGGCGUGCCAAGUACGAUGUUCAAUUCAAUUUCCCCAGCAAGGACGAGCCAGAGAGCGAUCUGAUUGUCCUGCAGGGUUAUGAAGAGAACUGCAUCACGGCCAAGGAGGAGAUUGACCGUAUUGUUGGCGACUAUGAGAGCCAAGUCAGCGAGACGAUUGACGUGGAUCCUCGCUGUCACAGCCGUCUCAUCGGGCAACGUGGCCGUUCUAUCCGCAAGGUCAUGGAUGACUUUGCUGUUGAAGUGAAGUUCCCCGCGGACAAGAACAGUCCAACCAUUACCAUUACCGGUGCUCCGGACAAUGUUGAUGACUGCAAGGAGCAUCUUCUCCUUAUUGUCGAAGAACAGAUGCAAGAGAUACAGGAGCGUGAUGAGGAGCGUGCCUUGAUGAGCCAGUACACUCAGGCCCCCAGCCGCCAGAUGGAGCGCGAGAGGGCUAAUACUGGUAACUCGAGCUUUGUCGUUCGCGAUGCACCCUGGAGUGCACAGCUCGAAAAUGAGCAAGAGUUCCCGACGAUGGGUGCUGCUAGCAAAUCUUCAUCUGCUCCGUCGUGGGGACCCCGUCGACGAUAAACCGGUUUCUCGAUGCUUGCUUGAACCAGGGCUGGUUCGACUUUUCCGCUUUCUCAUUUUUUGCAUUUUGUAGCUCUUUUUAUUUCUUCAUAGCUAAUGGAGAUCAGAUCACUCGGCACACUUCCUAGAUUCUACUCCAGCUUCAUCUAUUUUUCUACCAUUUGCUCUCGCUGUCGUCCCCAAAUUAGCAGUGCUCUGAUCUCCUGAUGGACGUUCACUUCGACUGUAGUUUUGUCUAGAAGUCUUUGCUGGAUGUUUUCUAUUUUACACUAUCCUGGUUUACCUACUUUCCCUGAUCCACCGUAGAAAUUAGUGCUUAUAACUGUAUUGAUUAAAUUUACUUCGAAGUAUCUCUUUCUGUCUAUUUUCCUAGUGAUAUUGAAAUCCCUAUCCCUCCCUAGUCUUGCUGUAUCUUGUGACUGUGCUGUCCACAUAUGGCAUGUAUAUGGCAUAUCUCUUAUGGAUUCCACAUGCUCCUUGUAUUUCUUCUGGUCUGUUUGGUCCCAACAUUUUAUCUGGAUCAAUGGCGAUAUAAUUCGAAUUGUCUUGCUUUGCUGUGACAUAAGCUAUGUCGCUCCACAGCCCUCUCAAGCUGCAUCCCAAGCCCGGUGCCUUGCUCGCAUUCAAUACUCUCUUGGGAUUGAGUUGCCACUUA